GUUUAUGUGCAAAAAUACUUUAUUCCUUAUCUGUUUCUUUUUCUUAUGAGACAUGGACACGAUUGAGAUUGACUUAUCCGACCACUGUCUGCCCUUCAAUGCAAGAAAAGAAGAUCGAGCAUACUUGAACCAAACACCUCGUGAAUCUAUUGCACGUUGCCAUUCGACAAACAUGGCGAGCCAAUACUUGGCAAUCAUCUUCAUUGUGUGCGCCUUCUGCUCCAUUGAUGAUACAGGCGCUGCGUCAGGCCCCUGUCCGUUCCCUCCUGAUUGUCGUUGUCGAAGUCCUGCUUGCAGGCCGCCCAACCCAGCCAAGGCUGAUGAAGUCAAGACUCCCCGUAUCGCAGAGGAGCCUGCAGUUCCCAAUUCACUCCGUUACGCCCCCUGAGAAGCCUGGCUUGCUAGGUUGGGAGUUCUGAGUGUUGAAGGUCUUUUGAGUUCUUUAUGUGGAUGUUAGCUACUUGUGGGAAUCACGUCCAAUAAGAUUCUGUUGAGAAAUCAGCUGUUGAAGUGUGUUCUAAGUUUGCAUGUAUGGAGUGUGUUCUAAGUUUGCAUGUAUGAAGUGUGUUCUAAGUUUGCAUGUAUGAGGUUUUUACUCUUUUUUCUUAGUAUUUGAUGCGCGAGACAUUUUGUUUCGUGUAACCUAAUCACGAGUGUGAUUGUCAUAUUUAAUCAAAAAGUAUGUUCGACUCUAGAA